GAGGCACGUGCGGGCGCGCACGUGUCCGCGUGGGGCCGCCGCGGGCGGGGCGGACCGGGAACGGAACGGGACGGGACGGGGACACAGAGAUCGGGACAGGAACACCGGCACCGGCACCGGGACAGUGUGACCGGCACGAGAACGGGAACACAGAGACCGGGACACAGGGACAGAGACACCGGGAACGGAACGGGGACACAGAGACCGGGACACCGGCACCGGGACAGGGACACCAGGGUAGUGACACCGGCACCGGGACAGCGACACCGGGAGAGCGACACUGGGACAGGGACACCGGUACCGGGACACCGGCACUGGGACAGGAAUACCGGCACGGGAACGGGGACACCGGCACCAGCACGGGGCCAGGGACAGCGACACCGGUACCGAGACAGUGACACUGGCACCGUGAGCGGGGACGGCGACACAGGGACAGUGACACCGGCACCGGGACACUGAUACCGGACAGGAACGGGGACGGUGAUACCGGGACACGGGGACAGCAACACCGGCACGGGGACACCGGCACGGGGACACCGGCACCGCCGCAGCCGGGAGCAGGCGGGCUCGGCUGGGCGGCCCCGACAGAGCUGAGCCCGGGGAGAGGCUCCCUUGGGGGGGCCCCCCCUGUGCCCCCCACCAUGGAGACCCCCGCCCGCGCCUGCUUCUGUGGCUCCCCCUCCUCCGACAGCGAGGCCGAGGGGUCCCCCCGGGGCUCCCGCGGACCCGAGCGCAGCCGCAAGAGGCCGGGGGGGCCCGACCGAACCCCCCCCGAGUCGCCGCCGUCGCCCCACCAGGGGGGAAAGCGGCCACGGAAGGGAGAGGGGGGAGACGACCCCCCCAGCGACGGCGAUCGCCUGUUUGCCCAAAAAUGCCGGGAGCUCCGGGGCUUCAUCCGCCCGCUGGCGGAGCUGCUGGAGGGGCUGCGGCGGGGCCGCUACGACAGAGGGCUGAGCAGUUUCCAGCAGAGCGUGGCCAUGGACCGGCUCCAGCGGAUCAUCGGGGUGCUGCAGAACCCAGAGAUGGGGGCGCGGUACCUGGGCACGCUGCUGCAGGUGGAGGUGAUGCUGCGCCUCUGGUUCCCCCACGUGGCCUCCAAACCCUCGCCGGACGCCGCCGCCCCCCCCUCCGCGACCCCUCCUCGCCGCCGCCCCCCCGCCGGCCCCCCCGGUGCCCCCCGCUGCCGCCGCCCGCCCGGAGAGCCCCCCGUCGCCAGCCCCGAGGGGGCAGCGGGGCCGUCACAGCCCGCGGGGACUCCCCGCUGCCAGCCCGGGAGCCCCCAGGACCCUCCCCCGGCGCCGGACGAGUGACGCCCCCCCCGGCUCGGGGGGGGUCUCGGCUGCAUUUCUGGGCUUUGCCUUCUUUUGGAUUGUUUUGUACCGGUGGUCAGGGAGACCCCGCGGGCGGGGGCCACUGACCGGGGGCGGCGGGGGGGGCCGCGACCACCUCUCUCCCCCCCCCGAGCCCCAAUCCCGGGGUGGGGCCAGGACCCCCCUGGCUUGUGCCUUCCCCCAUGGUGUGGGGGGGCCUGGGGGCGUGUGGGACCCCCCCCGAGGGGUGUGUGGGGGGGUCUGGGGACAGUG